GAGUUGCUGCGUGAAACGCCGGAAGUAUUGUUGUUGCAAAUGGCUUCUGCUAUCAUAAACACUGUCGCUAUGAGGUACCUACUUGUUUUGUUGCUUGUAACUUUCAAGCCUAUUUAUUCGACCAAAGAAUUUGUCUCCCAUGGUUCGUCAAAUUCAGACGAGUCUCGGAUUUUAGAUGUGAUGAAGAGGCUGGGGAUUAAGGACAUCAGUGAUUUAGAAACCGAGUUGAGUGAUUCAACCUUCCGAUCCCCAGCUGGGCAGACAGAUACAUGCGAACCGUCAAUAGAUACAGGGACCAUCAUAAGGGCAUCUGAAUCCAUCGACGCAGGAGCUGAAUUUAUCAACUCCGUCAAAGAUGUAUCAUCCAACAGUGCGUGCUACAACUUAUGUUGCAAGAACACUUCCUGUGAUGUUGCAGUUUACCAAGACAAGAGUGACCGCUAUUGCUACCUGUUCAAGUGCGAGGGCAAGUGCAUUUUCAAGGAGCACGCUGGCUACCUGGUGAACACCAUGCGGCGGACGGCAGCGCAGCCCGUGUCCCAGUCAGAGGACGAGCUGGAGGACCUCCAGGGCGAGCCGCCGGCGCCACAGAAGAAGAAGGACAAGGGUCAAGCCACUGGGACUUUGCCGGUUGCUGGCACUGGGGCCAUGGGCAGUGUGCCAAAGGAGGCAGUGCCAGCUCCCAGCACGACUGUAGCGGCUCCAGUAGGGAACGACAGGCCUUUUAUCACGCCUCAUACAGGCAAAGUAUGCCCACCCUCUAACUUUGAGUGCUUUGAGCUUGGCACCCUGAGCCGGGGGCCAGAGUGUAUAUCCAGAGAGCAGGUGUGUGACUCCUACCUCCAGUGUGCUGAUGGCUCGGAUGAGUUCAACUGUGACGCUGUUGCAGCCAAUAAUCCCCAGCUCAAUAGCUGGUCUCGACAAGGUCAGCAGGGCUGGCCUCAGUAUAGCAACAGUGCCUACAGAGGCCGGGGCUUCAACCCCGCCAACAACAACCAAAAUCCUGUCGGUGGGAUGAUGGACCCAUUCACCCAGCCUGUCUUACAGCAGCAAAAGCAGCCACAGCAGCCAGCCAUUCCACAGCAUCAGCAGCAGCAGCAGCAGGCACAGGCUGGUGGUUGGCCCUCAACUCAGUCACAGUCACAGCAAGGUCAAGGACCCAUGCCUAGCCCUGCAGCAGUCAACCGACCUUCUCUUCCCGUCGUGCCCAACAACGUAAGACCUGAGCAAAAGUCCGGAGCUCCCGUGGCACCAUUACCCAGCAUGGGGAACAACAAAGCUCACAGCUUGCCCUCACCUUCUCCCAUACCCCAAAAGCCUGUCCAGCCUGUUGUUCCUAACUCAGAUUCUAACAGCCACCCUAGCUAUGCUCAGUCCCCUAACAACAUGCAAGCUAACAACAUUAAUUACGGCAAUGCCAAAACCUUUGUGAAUAUCCCUCAAAAUUCUAACCCUGCAUCCAAUAGUAUGAAUCAGCAUGAUAACCCAAACAGUGGACCAAAGCAGGUUUUGAAUCAAUUGCCUGUGCAACGUGUGGUAAACAGGGUUGACCCGAACCCUCAGGUUCCCAAUAACAUGCCACAAAGCCCUCAGAAUGUUGUCCAUAAAGUCCUCCCCCAAAAUGUAGGUGCACGCAGAAAUAAUUAUUCAUCCAACCUUCGGCCUAAACUCCCUCAAGGACCCACACCUGCAUUUGCAGAGGGUGGUCAGUUCAAUCCGGGACAGCCACAAAUGGUGGCCAAGCCGACCAUGAAGAACCAACCGUCUCAGGUACCACAAAAGGCAGUGUUUUCUCCACCACGACCGUCAAAGCAAGGCGUGAAAUCUCAGAGCAAUGUGUUCCAUCCAGUAAAUCAAGGCGGUGUUCAAAACUCGAGGCUGAGCCAACCAAAAGUUCAAGCAACAGCUUCCGGUUCUCGUCAGAGCCAAGGUCACCGUAACCCCCCUGUCUCAUCUAAAGUCGGUAAUCAGCAGCAACCUGGAGCUACGCGUCAAAAAUUGAAGCCUUCAGCUCCGUCUCAGAGCUCGUCAAACUCGUAUAACAGCCAAGGUUCACUUCCAAGAUCCCAGCUGCAAAGUCAACCAGACAAGAGUUAUCCCAAGUCACAGACAUGGAUGGAUCCCUCUAACUAUUACUUCUCGUACGGGGCAGGAGAUUCUAACUCCCAAAACCAAGCCCAGCAGCCACAAACAGUCAACAACCCCUACUACGACCCGUCACAGUACUUUGCCCAGUACCCAACAGAGACAUUGGACUCCCUUCCCAGCAGUUUGUUGGACAACUCUGCCAGCACCGAGGACUUUUCCCAGUUUGGAGGUCAGUACUUGGGCCGGCAGAAGUCGUACGGGGCACCCUAUCAGAACAAUGGUCCCAACUCUGGCUACCUGGGCUAUCCAGAUUCCUCGUACAACUCUAGGUUCCAGCAGCCCAACAGAUACGAGUUUAACGGAGAGUUCGGUACAUCAGGGUACCAGGACCCAGACUUGUAUCCACCUGUGGGGAGCCCCCAGUCCUACAAACCUUCGGCUGGACUGUAUGAGGAUUUCCCUGGAGGCUCUAACUUGCCGAAGUCGGGCAGUCUGAACAAGAACACAGGAAUGAAGUCUGCAGCAUCCUCAGACCACAAGCCGAGUGGCUCUACCAGUUCAAAACACAACGGGAAGCCAGCAGAAGUGAAGCCCACCUCAUCUUCUAAAUCUGCUGCUGUUCCUCCCGUCACCACACACAAGAGCUCCUCCACAGAGAAACUUCCAGUCAAAGACAAUGGAAAGGCAAAGGUUCCAGCCACCUCCAAAGACACAACAACCCCCAAGCCAUCUGGGUCAGCUGGCAGUGGCAACAACCAUUUGUUCAUGGAGAAAGUGAUCAUUGCCAGUAGCAGCAGUAACGCAGAAGGCCCUAUCAUUGCUCUGUCCCUCGGUCUCGCGUUCACGCUUAUUUUGCUCAUCCUUGUGGGCUGCCGCUUGCGAAAUAUGAAAACUCGUUUGAGGAAGGGAAGGCCGCUACAUUCCAACGAGGCAGACUAUUUGAUAAAUGGAAUGUACUUAUAAACUGCCCGGAGUCCUUGUCAGAGACUGAGAGUGAACGUUUGAGUGGGUCAUUCUUGUGGAGUGUGAACUCCCAAGGAAGUGCUAACUGCUGUGUUGGUGAAGUGAGUGAAGGGUGUGUACACAAUCAUUGAAGAAUAAGAAUGUGGAGAGUUUGAUUGGGCAGUAUGGAAAUUUGCGUUGCACAAAACAUGAUGUGUGAGAUAUGAGUGAUCACCCCUCAAACCCCCCUUUUUUUCCCAUUGACGGUACAUAUAUUACAUGAUUUAGACAUCAUCAUCAUCAUUCAUCUCCUUCUCUCUGGUAUUGGGUAUAGGCCGCCAGAAAGGGCUUUCCACCUGUCUCUGUUCUGGGCGAUCCUCUCCACCUGGGGCCAGCUGUGUCCCACAUGUUUGAGAUCUGCUUUAAGGUAGCCUUUGCCAUGGCAGAGAAGGAAAAUCGUCUGGCUGAAUUUGUCUUUGUUUUUUUUUCUCUUAACUGUCAUUGUAAAAACUUAAAACAAGAAGAAAAAGGAAAAAUGUUUUACAUUUUUAAAAAUAUAGUCUGUGUCUUUGUUCUUAAAGGGCCCAGCCAAAAUUACAGGAAUUCUGUUUGUCAAAUGUAUUGUCCAUCAGCGUAUUACGUGAGAAAAGAUAUGGAAUGUUGACCUCUUUGGUUUUUUUCCCCCUUGUUCUGGAGGUAUUGGUUUAUUGAUAUGAACCUCUGUGACUUACAAGCAGUCAAAGACAGUGCUCCUCUUAUUUAAGUCGACUCCAGCAGUUGGAACCUUUUUUCCUUACAGUACAAGGUACCACAAAUUUUUACAAAAUGUAGCAAAUCAUAUAAAGGUACUGCAAAUCAUAAAACUGUUUUUUGCAAGAUGGACCAAUGACUUCAUUUCAGAAAGAGAAGCCCUUCGAUUGUCUUUUUUUUAUUUACUGAAGAAACUCCAGCCAUCUGUUUCGUGUAUUCUUUUUGCACGCUUUUGUAUAUAUAUAGAUCUGAUUUAUUUAUCUGUGACUUGAUUCCAUCCUUGAUCUUUAACAUAAAAUGGUACAUCUGCUUUUUUUUUUUAUUCAGGAAAGUAGAAAAGUUUCAAACUCACUCUUCAUGUUCUGAUUUGAUGGUACCAUUCCAUAUUUAUGAUAAAUAUUGUUUUACAGGACAUCAAACAUACAAAGAUAUCAAAACCUGAUAUCAAAAUUACACACUGCCUUGAUUGUGUAGCGUGGCCCAGUAUUUGAAAAAAGCCUAUGGGUCAAAUCUCAAAGUCAGUGAUCUGUGAACAAGAUGGGAUCUCCACUGCUUCAUGUGUCCGGUUUUUGGCACAAGAUUGGUGGUGAUCUUAACGCAAAUACAUUAUUUAUAUUUCAUUUGUUGUUGUUUUUUUUCUUUUUCUUUUUAGUGGUACUAUCUGCCGAUACUGCUGCUGUACUCAUUUGAGAUUAAAUCUGAAUUGUACUGAACCCUAAAUAGGGAAAUGACCUCCAAUGACUUGUCAUACUAUGGAGUAUUUCUAAAUUGGUUAUUUUCCUUAAUUUUUUUAAAGUUUCUUUUUCUAGAAUGAUUGCUAUUAUUAUUGCUGUUGGUUUCUUUUCUUCACAGGAUUUGUUUUAACCUCAUUCAGAACUAUGUUGGCAGUGCUUACAUACAUGAAGAGUAUGUGUACUUGCAACAUUGCGAGAUGCCUCCAAAAGAGAAUUUAGAUCUGAUACAGCAAGCCUCAACACUGUGAAAAAUAAAAAAGUCAAAAUUUGCACUUUUACGAGAGAAUAGAUCUCAUGAAUACAAGUCACAUCUGAAUUGUACAUUUAUUGGACCUCUUUUUAUUUUUAUAUCUUUACAAGUUUUGUACCCACACUUGUUUACAAUAGUUUCAAAAUAUAUUAUAUACCAUUCUGAUCAAAGGUUUGUUAUGAUGUAUCAAUUGAAAUCCACAAAGUUAUCUGAGUUGUGCUGUGUUGUGGAACAGAAAGACAGUGAUGUAUUGCCAUGACAGUUUCCUUAAGUCGACCACAGGCACUCUUUGAUAGUGUCUUCUUGGGUCGAGCUAUAGUUUUUCUUUCUUUUUUUUAAUAAUGUACUAUCAUCCUGAUACUAAUUUACUGCUGCCUUGCAUGCAUGUAAGCUUUUCUUAGUGUCUUUGUCACAGCAGAGGGGUUGGGGACAAGAUGACACUAUGAGUCAAAAAGUGGAGGUGGCACAUACAGAAGCUUUAUUUUGUAUCAAACUGUUCAGCUGAAGAUGUAGGUUGAAAGAAGAUGCAGUCCCAAAAAAUUACAUUUACAUUGAUUUUAGGAAUGAUUUAAUCAUGCUUUUCACUUUUCCUCUCCCUUUUUUUCUUAAAAUGAUUCAAUGUAAGAUUGGUCUCUUAAGCAUGUUGGUGUUUUAGCGCAUGUGAAAAGGGAGCUUGCUGCACUGUAUGCUUCCCAGGAAGUAGAGAUUGUUGAUUGUUUCAGAAUGCUAUCAAGUCUGCUGGGGUAAUAAUAUAGAUUGUAAAGCACCGCAUAGAGCUUGCUGUGAAGUGGGAACUUGCACUAUACAACAAAUGCUAUCUUUUGUUGUUAAGCUUGAUCCUGCCACCAACAUUGUCUACUUAUGUGUGGAAAGUUGAAAAGCAUACAAAGGAAGAAGUCCUAACAUCUUUUUAAAUAAAUGAACUCUCUUUGUUAUUUCGCUGUUUUGCUGCACUAUAGAGCAAGAUUGCAAGUGUUUCCAGAAUAUGUUAUCAGAGUCCUACACAGUUCAUGUUGUAUCAGUUUUAGCUGGAUUUUGUUUAUUUGUUGUUUUUAUCUUACAGUGUUUCCAGUAGAUAUUAAUUGUGAAAUAUCCCUUCUGAUCAAACGUUUAGAUCAAUUAUGGUGACAUAUUUUUUCAAGAUGUAUCGUUUUUUUGUCCUGUCAACGUAUCAAUUGUGAACAGUUCAAUGUGCGUAUGCAACUCCGACAACUCGUUUGAAGUUUUCAGGGUAGACAAAAACUUAUUAAUUUUCUAAGUACUGUUUUGUUAGUGCUCACUUAGACUAAAACUUAUGAGAUAUGGCAAAACAGUGCUGAUGCUUGAAAAGAUGUACGGCAAAAUGAGAACUGGAAAUCAUAUUAUGAUCCACACAGUUUGCAAUUUUCAACAGUGAUAUUAAUUAGCUCAAUCAAUAAUUUUAUCUGAAUAAAACACAGAAGAUGAAGGGAUGCACUCCAGAUGUAACGGUCAAAAUGUAAGAUUACACUGGUUUUGUAUGUUGGGGUGUGUGGGGGGGGGGGGGGGCAUUUUUCAUCCACAGUGAGAAAUCGUCUUUAUUUUCCUCUACUUUUGCGUGUCCCCCCCCUCCCCCCACGUCUUUAGUGUCUGUCUCGCAUUGACUAAGUUGAUUUGUUUCUGACUUUUUUUGUUCAUCUAUGACUAAUGCAGUGACUGUCAAACGGGGCAGUGACUUGGGCUUGGCAUGAAUGAAACACAGAGAGAGAGAGGGGGAAAGAAUGGAAGAUGGGCAGAGUGACAGUGUGCCAAUCAAGUUUUCAGCAUUCCAUGCCAAUUUUUCUAUUGUAAUAUCAUAUUAUCUUGAAACAUACAGUUUGUUAAGAUUAUUGGUUGUGCUGUGUGUAUAAUUUAUCGGGAGUUGUGCAGUAAAUGUAAACGUAACAAAUUCUUCCACUGUGAAUUAUUUUCUCUGAGGUAAUUUGUGAAAUUUAUGUGAUCUUUUUUUCUGGUACAGUUUUUUUUUCAACGUCCCUGUCUGUUGUCACAAUGUCAGAUUUUUGAAUGACAAAAAGUCAACUCUAUGGGUUGUGCUUCAGUCAGUCAUAGUAAUAGAUCACAUAAAUUGCUUGAAGUGGUCAUAUCUUUUUAGCUAAUCCUGGUACCUUUGUAGAGAGGUACUAUUACUAACAUAGCUGGACACCCCGCCUUCCAACACCCCCCUCCCCCCCUUGCAAAAAUUUAAAAAAAAAAAAAAAUGAAGUAGUUGCAGUGUUAGCCAGACUGACUAUGCAUAGCUGGAAAAUCUGUACAUAUGAUAUCUUACGUAAACUUCUGUCAUUAUUUUUUUCCCCCUUGUUCAGAGCUUUCACAGUAGAGUAGUUACUUACAGAACUUUUGUACUUGCACAGUCGCAAUGGAAGUUGUUCCAAAAGUGAAUCUCAGCUUGAGACAUUUUUCGUCUUCAUUGAAACCAAAACUGUUAUUCUCUGAACUAUCGUUGCUGAACAUACAAAAACGUUCAUCCUUCAUGACAAAAUUGUAAUAAUUUGUUGAAAUAAUUAUGUGCGAGGCAUAUAAAUAGCUGACACCAUUGCUUUUUCUCAGCUUUUUUACCCACUCUUUAUAACCUUUCUAAGACAUGAGUAGCUAUAGGAUACUCGAAACUUGUAGGCAGUUGAUUUUGGUUUCAAAAGGAACAUCACACUAGGUGAGGUACCUUUUGAAAGUGUGUCUCGAGGUUAAAUUCCCUCUGUGUAAGUGUAUAUUUUUUACUUUUUUUCUACCACUGUAACCGUAUGGACUAUUUAAAGAUUACUACUGAAAAGUGAUCACAGAUGUAGCAGGACACAAUGCUAUCACUGUGAUAUGUUGUAGAAAGUGAAUAAAACUUUUGUUGACAACCUU